AAUCCACCAGGAAAAUCUAACACCGGAAUAGGAAAUUACCAUCUAGAAUAUUUUUGUUUAUUGUUAUUUUAAAAAAAACUCACCGAUUCAACCUCAGAUAGCUUUUAAAUGAUACUGGAUUAGUUUAAAUUUAUUGCUAUUCCUUCGAUUCAUUAAUUGCAUAAGAAAUUGAAUCUAUCAAACUUAAUUAGUUAUCGAUUUCUCCAAGUUGUACAGUACCAGUAGAACGUUUCAAUUCAGUUUAGGAACGUUCGAAAACGAUGGCACAGCAAAGUGACCUGGACAGACAAAUAGAACAAUUGAGAAAUUGCCACACUAUUACGGAAAAUGAAGUAAAAGCGCUGUGUUCGAAAGCGCGAGAAAUUCUAGCCGAAGAAGCCAAUGUACAAAGAGUGGAUGCUCCUGUUACGGUGUGUGGAGAUAUUCAUGGACAAUUUUAUGAUCUCAAGGAACUGUUUAAAUGCGGAGGCAAUGUCCCUGAGGCAAAUUACCUAUUUCUAGGUGACUUUGUCGAUAGAGGAUUCUACAGCGUCGAAACUUUUUUAUUGCUUUUAGCACUGAAGGUGCGAUAUCCCGAUAGAAUUACUCUUAUACGGGGCAAUCACGAAAGUAGACAGAUUACUCAAGUGUAUGGAUUUUAUGACGAGUGCAUGAGAAAAUACGGAAGUAUAACAGUAUGGAGAUAUUGCACAGAAGUGUUUGAUUAUUUAAGUUUGUCAGCUAUUAUAGAUGGAACGAUAUUCUGCGUGCACGGUGGUCUUUCACCAUCAAUUCAAACUCUUGAUCAAAUUCGACAAAUAGACCGAAAACAAGAAGUUCCACACGACGGCCCAAUGUGUGACCUAUUAUGGUCUGACCCCGAAGACACUCAAGGGUGGGGAGUCUCUCCUCGGGGCGCUGGUUACUUAUUCGGUAGCGAUGUUGUGGCAUCAUUCAAUCGAGCAAAUAAUGUCGAAAUGAUAUGUAGAGCUCAUCAGCUAGUUAUGGAGGGUUUCAAAUGGCACUUUUGCGAACAAGUGUUGACAGUGUGGUCUGCACCAAAUUACUGCUACAGAUGUGGUAAUGUCGCUGCCAUUUUAGAGUUGGACGAUGCUUUGAGGAGGCAAUUUAUAAUUUUCGAAGCUGCUUCUAGGGAAACAAGAGGUGUUCCUUUAAAGAAGCCGCAACCUGAAUAUUUCUUAUAA